CAACCAGCAACUUGAACAGGCGGGUGAAUUUGAAUUUGUAGAAUUUGUAGAAGACCAUACAUUCACCAAAAUGGCUGACAGUCAGAAACCCCAGCUCCAAUUUUUUGAGACCUUCAUGGUGACUGGAAUAGCUGCUGGCAUCUCUAAGACUGCCUCAGCUCCAAUAGAACGAGUGAAGUUGCUAGUGCAGAACCAAGGCGAAAUGUUGAAGAGUGGGCGCCUGGAUAAGCCAUACAAUGGCAUCAUUGAUUGCACAAUGAGGACCUUCAAGUCGGAGGGCAUCAUGCCAUUCUGGAGAGGAAACAUGGCCAAUGUGAUCAGGUACUUCCCAACACAGGCUUUGAACUUUGCCUUCAAAGAUCAGGUAAAAGCAUUGUUCAAGUCAGACCCGAAUGAGUCACAUGCCAAAAAGUUUGCAAAGAACAUUGCCUCGGGUGGUGUAGCUGGCACACUGUCUCUAUUCUUUGUGUACUCUCUGGAUUAUGCCCGUACACGCCUUGCCAACGACAACAAGUCUACCAAGACAGGAGGGGAACGACAGUUCAACGGCCUCAUUGAUGUCUACAAGAAGACCAUCGCCACUGAUGGUGUGCAGGGCUUGUACAGAGGCUUCAUGAUCAGUGCUGUGGGCAUCUUCCUCUACAGAGGCGCAUACUUUGGGUUGUACGAUACCCUCAAGCCUAUAGUGCUUGGUGAUAAAGGCAGCUUCAUUGCCAAGUUCCUGCUUGGCUGGGCAGUGACGGUUGCCUCAGGCCUUCUGUCCUACCCUGUGGACACAGUCAGACGCCGCAUGAUGAUGACCUCAGGCGAGGCUGUCAAAUACAAAGGGUCCAUGGACUGUGCUAUUCAGGUCAUGAAAUCCGAGGGAUUCAUGUCACUUUUCAAGGGUGCAGGUGCCAAUGUCCUUCGUGGGAUAGCUGGAGCCGGCGUGCUCUCUGGAGCCGACAAGCUGACCGAUCUUUACAUCAAGGCUCGUCUUGGCUCCAACUACUAAGGAUCAGAGAUGACUUCUAAAAGGAGACAGAGAGUGGUCAAGCGCAAAAGUAAUAAACAAGGAUCGGGUUCUCCCAAGAAGGCAAAAAUAAUGGUUAGAAAUGGUGCUGUUACCAGCAAGUUCUUCAGCUCAGAGGACGACAAUAGUGGAGUCAGUGUUGACUGCCAAGUUCAGGAGACGGACUCCGCUUCAGUGGGCAAGGGAAGAGCUAAAUCCAGUCAUAAUGGGCCAGAAGAGGCGUUGAACUGCCAGUGGGGAGAGAAUAAAGCUGGAGCAGUAGGAGGUGGACUGCUGUGGGCGAGAGAAUGCCAAUGUUCAAAUAAUGCGCAUUGUACAAAUUGCAUCACACAAAAUAUUCAUAUAACAAAUAAUAGCCAUUACUGAAUAAUCAAAAGGCAUACAUGUAUGUUUAAAAAAAGGGGCUUUUAAUCUAAAUCUGUGACAUUUAUAUACUAGCUACGCGCGCAAACAUAUUGGUAAGAAACUUGCCUGGAUUGACUAUAUAGCGGGCAAAAAUAUUACUGGCGUUUGCAUGUGUGGUCUUGUUUUUUUGUUCAUCACCCGUUCACAAUUGAUUUGAAUUAGAGAGGUGGCCCUAAUUGAUUUGGAGAGCUCUACAAUUCGAUUGCAGCGGCUUUUAAUUCUGAUGAUUUUUAGGUAUCUUCAAUUCGAGGGGUGAAUGCGAAAAGGUUCUAAGUGACAUUAAAUAAAGAAGCAGAUAGAACCUUUUCGCUUUCACCACUCGAAUUGAACUGUAGAGCUCUUCAAGCGAUUUGGGGUGAUCUCUAAUUCAAAUGAUGCUACCAGUAAUGCGAAUGGAGCACUCCUUAAUUAAACUUAAGAAGUCUCUAAUUAUUUAGCUCUAUAAACAGUUGAGCUUUUAUAUAUUACAUGCACAUGUUUAAGUUUAUUCCAUGUUCU